UUCUCAUACUUUUUAAAUUUCUCCUUUGUAAACAAUGAAUUACAACAUUAGCCUUAGAAUGCCCUAGUAUACUAAUUAGAGUUCUCAAAAUAUAGGAAAUGGGUCUCCUGGAUCAUGGAUAUAUUUCUGUUCUUGGUACAAGUACUCGGCAGGUAGUAGGUGAGCAGUAAAUACUUGUUUAUGGAUGAGUCAAAGGCAGAAAGAGAAUUCCCUUAGGGGGUGGAUGAAGACACAGGUAAUGAGCUGCAGGUAGAGCCAGCCUGUUGAGGGUGGACUCAGGAUGAGAACCUGGGUCCUGUCCUCUCUGAGCAGGAGGUCAGACCAGGCAGAGGGUCCUGGGAGUCAGAAGAGACCCCAGAUCUGAGGUUGAGAGUCUCCAGAGGCCUCAUCAUGGAAAAAUCAUGACCUAGGCCUGGGGGUAGGGAGGGAGGUCUUCUUGCUGUGGGUUCACAGCUCUGAGGGCCCGGAAGGACCGCAGCAACUCCUGACCCACCACAUCCUGUGCAUCUCUGUCCUUCAGGCCCAGGCCUCCUCCUACUGCAGAGCAAAAGCCUCAGAGCAGACGCCAUGAUGUCCAUCCUCUCUGCUCUUCUCUGCCUCGGGCUGAGUCUGGGCCAGAUCAUCCACGUGCAGGCAGGGACCCUCUCCAAAGCCACCAUGUGGGCUGAGCCAGGCCCUGUGGUCCCUUAUGGGAGCCCUGUGACCCUCUGGUGUCAGGGGACCCUGGAAGCCCAGGAGUUCUGUAUGUAUAGACAACAAAAACGUGUGCUUUGGAAAACACAGACUAAGUGGAAUCCCAGAGACAAGGUCAAGCUCUCCAUCACACGCAUGACAGAGCAUGAUGCAGGGAGAUACUACUGUUACUAUAUCAGAUUCACAGGCUGGUCAGAGCACAGUGACCCCCUGGAGCUGGUGGUGACAGGAUCCUACAGCAAACCCAGCCUCUCAGCCCUGCCCAGCCCUGUCGUGACCUCAGGAAGGAAUCUGACCCUCCAGUGUGUCUCAGGGCAGGGAUUUAACAGGUUCCUUCUGACUAAGGAAGGAGAUCACAGGCUCUCCUGGACUCUGGACUCACAGCCACAGCCCAGUGGGCAGUUCCAGACCCUGUUCCCUGUGGGCCCUGUGACCCGCAGCCACAGGUGGACGUUCAGAUGCUAUGGCUAUUACAGGGACAGGCCCCAUGUGUGGUCACACCCCAGUGACCUCCUGGAGCUCCUGGUCUCAGGUGAGUCUGGGAAGCCCUCCCUCCUGAGCCAGCAGGGCCCCAUCGUGGCCUCUGGACAGAGCCUGACCCUCCAGUGUCGCUCUGAUGGCGGCUAUGACAGAUUCGCUCUGCACAAGGAGGGGGGACGGGACCUCCCCCAGAGCCUUGUCCUGCAGCCCCAGGCUGGGCUCUCUCAGGCCCACUUCCCCCUGGACACUGUGAGCAGCUCCCACGGGGGCCGGUACAGAUGCUACGGUGGAUACAACCUCUCCUCUGAGUGGUCGGCCCCCAGCGACCCCCUGGACAUCCUGGUGGCAGGACACCUGCCUGACAGACCAUCUCUAUCAGUGGUGGUGCACAUAGGCCCUAGGGUGCCAUCUGAAGGAAAGGUGACCCUGCUGUGUCAGUCACUGAGCCCGAGGGACACUUUCCUUCUGUCCAAGGAGGGGGCAGCGGAUGCCCCCCUGCGUCUGAGAUCAAAGCACCGAGCUCAGCAGAACCAGGCAGAGUUCUCCAUAAGCCCUGUGACGUCAGCCCACGGGGACACCUAUAGGUGCUACACCUCAAACAGCUCCUCCCCCUUCCUGCUGUCACUUCCCAGUGAGCCCCUGGAGCUCCUGGUCUCAGGAGCAGCUGAUCCCCUGGGACUGUCACAGAACAAGUCAGACUCCGAGGCAGCCUCAACCCCCCAAGACUACACAGUGGGGAAUCUCAUCCGGAUGGGCGUGGCUGGCUUGGUCCUGGUGGUCAUUGGGGUGUUGCUGUAUCAGGAUUGGCACCGUCAGAGAAGACCCCAUGGUGCAGCUGGGACGUAA